AAACUGCCCGCCCUCCCAAUUCCUCCCCUGAAAACUUCUCCGUUUAUAAAGGCAACGAUUGUGAGAAAUCAAGUUAAACAGACUACUCGCUUUGUCAGCUUGGAUUCAGACGUCUAACACAAUGGUGUGCGCUUUACUCGGAGGUCUUUUGCUUGCUAUUGCUGUAUUGCACAGCGCCGUCGGGUUUCGCCCCAAAGAGGUCUGCUUGUUUCAAGUUGAGGAAGGACAAUGCAAUGACGACAUAAGUCGCUAUUACUACAAUACAAUUACUCAAAAGUGUGAAGAAUUCAGUUACAGCGGCUGUGGAGGAAACUUAAACAAUUUCAGAAGCUUUUUGGAAUGUCAGAAAACAUGUUUCAAGAUCCCAAAAAUUCCCCGGCUCUGUCGUUUUGAAAAGCAAGAGGGGCCCUGCCGUGCCCUCUUUGAGCGCUACUUCUUCAAUAUGACCUCCAUGCAGUGUGAAGCUUUCUUCUAUGGCGGUUGCCAAGGCAAUGAAAACAACUUUGAAAAUCUUCAGUCAUGUAUGGAAUACUGCAGGCCUUCAAAAACAACCCCUGUGAUUUGCCAAGAUGUUUUGGACAAAGGUCCGUGCUCGGCUUCAAUACCAAGAUAUUACUACAACUCUGGUACAAAGACAUGUCAGGAGUUUAUAUACUCAGGGUGUGGAGGAAGCAACAAUAACUUUAUCUCCAAGAAAAGCUGCAUGGACGUGUGCAGAUCACGUGGGAAAAAGAAAGGAGUCGAAUUUCUUAAACAAAAACGGAUAAUGGCACAACCAAAGAGGAUGCAAUAGACCAAAUCAUCAUUCGUGAAGUCAUCCACACCACAAAGACAAAGAUAUUUGCACUGAUUUUAAAAUGACUGUGCUUUUGACACUCUCUGUCCGGUCAGAAAUGGCAGCUUGUUUUUUUCACUGUCGUUUGAAAAACAUUGGUUUAUCAUGCAACUCAUUGACCAGAGGGGAUAUUUUUAUAUACAGUACAUUUUUUUAUGUACUUUUUAUUCUGUUUUAUUCUAUUUUGUAUUUCAAUGAAAGCUGCCAUAGAAUUGUGUUUUAUUUGUAAUGAUAAACUGAAUUUGAUCUACUUCAAUGUCAUUUUUAAAACAAAACAAUACUGAGAAUAAAUCAUUUAUAUAA